CUUCUUAUUUAUUUCAAUUUUGCCCCGUUUAUCUGUUCACAACCUAAAUCUCUAAAGUUUGGAUCUUGAGAAAUUGCGAGGCUAAAAGUUUGGUUCUUGAGAAAUGAUGGCCGCUCGUACUCACUGUAUCAACCUCAUCCCCAAAGUUUGUCUUCCUCAAUCGAGAACUGGUGAAUCAGUGACUAAUCUCAGAUUUGAUUGCGUCUCUAACUCAUCGAAGCUUUCUCUCAAGACAUCAUGUGGAAGACAUCACCGGAGGCAAAAUCUCAGCAUCCGAUCCGUGUUUACUGGAAUCGUGGAGGAAAUGGGCGAAGUCAAGAACUUGGGAAUGGCCGAUCACGGAGGAUUCGACCUCAAAAUCGGAGCGAGAGUGGUUUUGGAGGACGUGAAGCUCGGUGACAGCAUUGCGGUGAACGGGACUUGUUUAACGGUGACGGAGUUCAACGAAGAGGAGUUCACAGUGGGGUUAGCACCAGAGACGCUGCGAAAAACAUCGUUGGAGGAGCUAAAGAAAGGAUCUCCGGUGAAUCUGGAGCGUGCGUUGCAGCCAGUGAGCCGGAUGGGUGGACACGUGGUUCAGGGACACGUGGAUGGGACGGGAGUGAUUGAAUCAAUGGAGGUAGAGGGUGAUUCUUUGUGGGUGAAGGUGAAAGCUGACAAGGGUUUGUUGAAAUACAUUGUGCCUAAAGGAUUUGUGGCUGUUGAUGGGACUAGCUUGACGGUUGUUGAUGUCUUUGAUGAAGAGAGUUGUUUCAAUUUCAUGAUGGUUGCUUAUACGCAGCAGAAAGUGGUGAUUCCUACUAAGAGUAUUGGGCAGAAAGUGAAUCUUGAGGUUGAUAUCAUGGGGAAAUAUGUUGAGAGGCUUCUCACCAGUGGUGGCUUCUCCUUGAACAGGGCAGAGGAAAAGAAAUGAUUAGAUGGGACUUGGGAUUGGGAGCUUUUGGUGAGCGGAGCUUGACCUUUUGGCCUCGGGUUCUAUGUAAGAUGUAUUCUAACCUCUGUUUCUUCGUAGUGGUGCUAGUGAACAGUCCACGCAUUUAGGCGCGGUGAGAAAAGUAGAUGAACCUUAUCGAGUAAUGAUGAUCAAAUCAUUCGUGUAAUAAACCCAAGAAUCAAAUUGUGUAAUAUGGCAUUGCCCUUUUUAAACAUAGAUUCUGUUUUGCUU